GAUCUCUGGCGGAGCGUCAACUCCCAUAGACCGGGGGAGGGUAACAACCGUGUUACCGGCCGAGUCCAGGCAGGUACAUUCCGCCGCCAUGAGGCUCCGUUUGGCCGGGGCCGUGCUGCUGGCGGCGGCCGCAUACUACGUCUACCUGCCGCUACCGAAGGGUGUCUGCGAGCCGUGGAAGCUGAUGCUGCUGGACGCGCUGUUCCGGAGCUUCAUGAAGGCGGUGAGAGGUGGAGGAUGCACAGAGAGGAGGAGGAGGAAGAGGAGGAAGAGGAGGACAGGUUGAUGAAAAAAUACAGGAGCUGUCAGGGGCAGAAAAGGGGAGAAAAUACCUGCAACGACUAAAGAAGAGAGUCAGACAGUGUUUACAUUAAGUAUACUUUAAAAAAAUUAACAAAAAUGCCUUAAAACGGGUUAAAAUACCUUUACUGUACAUAGAGAUUAUCUCAUUAUUUGUGCAGAGAGGUUGAAAAAGGAUAAAAAUGAUAGUACGAACAAGACACACCUCAAGACUCUGCAUUUUUUACACUUUAAAGUUACUGAAAUUAGUGUAAAAAAAGGAUAAUAGUAUAAAAAAACCUGUGAGAAUUAAAAUAAAGAUGAAUAAAAGAUAAUUUGAAUGAAACCAUCUUUAGAGAAACUAAAAAAUAUUGAAUUUUAAAGCUUAAUGAGUCAGACUGUUAAACAGAUUAGAGUAUGAUCAUUAGAAAAGGAUGAGAGUAAACAAAAACGUAAAACUGAACAGAAAAUACUCAAAUUCUUACCAAACUAUAUCAUACCACGGUUCACUUAAGUACAAAAGUAUAGACAGCUUUCAGACAACAUUGUGCUAUAAUGGAUUAAAGUAGGAUAAAGGAGAUUAGGCUUGAGCAGAUUAUCACAAACUAUACCACUCUUUAUCAAACUUUGGCACAGUUAAACUGAAUAAAAUAGAGCAGAACGGAUUAGAAAGAAUAACCACAGACAUAACAAAGCUGGGAUCCUGUGUGAAUGUUGAUGAAAGCAGAAAUUUAUGGUGUAAAUGAUCAUUUUCACUCUUUCCACAUGUUGAAACUGAAAGGGCUCAUUUUAAAUCUGAUGGAAGGUGUUUUAAAAAGUCAGGACAGGAGAAUGAUAACUUUAAGAAACUUAUGAGAACACUAUCAGGAGUUCGUAAAGACUGUGUUGUCUUAUUUUUGCCUGAUUGAGGAUUUCAGCUGCUCAACAGUUCAGGGUCUCCUUUGCUCCACUGGGUUAUGUGGCAUCAAGUUAAACCUGUUGUUAACUUUUUGUUAUUUUCUACAGUUAAGUUCUCUUAAGGGUCGGGUUUACACUCUUGGAUCAGGAGAAUGUUCUUUCCUUGAAAGCAAAAGUAGACGAUUUACAAAGAAAUCGUGAUUAUCCAAGAAAUGCUUAAUCCAAGUUUUUCUAAGCUUUUGGCGAGACCCUGAUGGAGUCAGACCGGGACACAGACCUGCAGAUUACAAGUUGGCACCGCAGAAAUGACAGUAAACAGGGAUUUUGAUGAUGCAAAAAGCAGGGCAGAUGAUUUAAAGGUAGAUGCAUGACUGGUGAUGCAAUAUUUGACCCUGCUGCCCUGUAACCUGCACCUGUUUGAUACAGUGCUGGCCUUGUUGUGUGCACGUGACUGCAGCUGCUGUAACUCUAUUACUGUAAGCUCCUGAUCAGCUCACAAUGGCAGUUCACACACCCGAAUCUUACAAACUGCGUCACUGCGGUGCAACGAGUUUUUCACGCACACUCACACACUCCCUGCAUGAGACAGGUUUUUCACGCCUGAGAUUUCUCCUCCUCAGAGCUUCACUGUUAUUUCAGUCAGCAGAGACAGAGCAGCUCUGAUUUACAGACAGGUUUUUCUGCUCUGACUGUCCACCGUGAAGACCUCCCCUCUCUCUGCUACAAUAACUCUGUUUGUAUUUCAGAGCGAUGUGGCUCACUCUAUGGGCAUGUGUCAUCGGCUCCACCUGUUGAACCAGGUGGUGUCCUGGUUGGAGGUGAUCGAUGCUCGGUCCAGCCCCACCUUGCACGUGACGGACUUCGCUCUGGGCGGCGUUCCCACCCGGGUCUUCCAGCCUAAAGGGGGGGAGAAGCCAAAAAGAGGGGUCAUUUAUUUCCACGGGGGAGGAUGGGCGCUCGGCAGCGGACGUGAGUGUUGAAUAUUAAAAUCUGAAAACCGACUUUAAUUAUUUAUUUUUACCAUUUUGUUCAAAUUUUAUUGAAAUAGCAGAAGAAUCAAAGUUAGAGGAACAGGUCCUGGGAGCAGGAUCUUAUUUUUUGUAGGAUGGUAGGAGGAGGGCCCCCUUUGCCUCUGAUUGGCCAGAAGUGCUGGGCUCCGAUUGGUUAUUCCUUACGGCUGUGAAACGUCAUCGUGUGUCGAGUUAGAGUUAGGAGAUUCAGAAGUGCGAUAAUGUUCUGUUUGAUGUACGGAACAUUACACCGCCUCCUUCGCCAAUCAGAGGCGAAGGAGGCGGGACCUUCCCCGACCAUCCAACGAAAAAAAAAAUUCAUCCUGUGAGGUUCUGUCGUUUUUGGCGCCCCCCUGUGGACAAAGAUGUACGCCUUGUCUCUCUGCUGAUCUUAUCCUGCACAUAUCGAGUUAAAUUUCUGUUAUAGCUAACUAACCAUCAGUAGUAUGGUUUAUAUAACAUGAGUUUUAACUGACCUGCAUGGCUGCUUCUGAUAUAUAUGUGUUCAUCUUCUUCACAGGGAUGAGAUCGUACGACCUUCUCUGUCGGAAAAUGGCAGAAGACCUGGAUGCCGUGGUCAUGUCUGUCGAGUAAGUUUAUAGUUUUCAUAGUUAUCACGCAAAGAUUGAUGAGAAUUAAGAAAGUCCAGAAGGUCCUAAAAAAGACGUGAUGUCUCCGUUUUCUUUUGUUUCUUCAAAAACAGAAACUACAACAACACGGACUGUCUUUACAAGAAUUUUAACCCUGAAACAAAUUCAAUAUUUACACUAACCAGUUCAUAAAACAGCGUGUUGAUAAUGUUUCCUCUGGACUCUUAAAAUAGUUAAAAGUUAGUGCCUUCAAGCUCAGAGAAACUGAAGCUUUUAAUCUGUUAGGGUUGAAGUUUAGGGGGAAAAGUUUUUUAGAAAAUGCUAAAAGCUCCUUUGUGCAAAAGAAGUCUGCAGAUCUCUAGACAGUGAUUUCCCUGUUAAAAAAUGGGUAAAAAUGUAGCUUAUAAUGGACUUUACAGAAGUCAGAGUCCAGAUCUUUUUAUUCCUGGGUUUUUUUUUAAAGAGUGUUGAUGAAAUAAAGCUGCAGGAAUAAAGUUAUUUAUCAAACCUGAAGGUAAAAAAUGGUGAAUAUAAGAGUAAACGGUUUUUGUUUUUGAGUUCUACCCCCACACCGUCUGGCUUUUGUUUCACAGCUUUAUGUAAGAACCAGAAUCAUUCUGUCUCCUCAUGAUGUCCUGUUGCCAUAGUUACCGUCUUGCUCCAGAGGCAGUGUUCCCGGAUCAGUACCACGAUGCGUUAGCGGCGUCACGAGCCUUCCUGUCCUCGGAGGUUUUGGAGCGUUACGGUAUCGACCCGCAGAGGGUGUGUGUGUCAGGUGACAGCGCCGGGGGGAAUCUGGCGGCUGCUGUGGCACAAGAGGUACACACUCACACACACACAUAUAUAUAUAUAUAUAUAUAUAUAUAUAACACACACAUGAAGCUUUAUACACAAAAUUCUGAUCAUGUUAUAAAGCGGCCUCAUCCUGUCAGGAAGCACGAGACAGUGACAAAGACUCACACAGAAAUCCUCGAUCUGGAUCAGUCUCGCCUGAAUCAGCUGGCUCUGCAGCUAAGAGCGAACUGAGGACGCCGUAAACGCGGUGUGACACGAGCUGGUGCCAGAAACACAUCAGCACGCACAAAUCUGUCCUUCUUUGUGUUCCUGGUCAGAGUUUCAGCGAGAAAUUAAACCCUGAAGGCAAAAGAGCCGAAGAUGACUCAGAAUUUUGGAAUUUUUUUUUUCUCGUUUUGAGUUCAGCUUCAGUUUCUCUUUCUGACAACAGCAGUCUCACUAAACACACUUUAUCUCCAUUUUCUAGAUCAGCAUUACUUACAAACUGUGCCACAGUUAAACCAGUUAGCUGCUGUGGUGUGAACGACAGAUCUGCAGUACCACAGGUGUCCACUAGGGGCUGUUUGUGAAAGUUGAUGGAUCCCCAUUUACCCCCAUUCAGGGAAAUUAAACAUAUUUACACCCUGGUAUAAACACAGUUCAUGUGUUCAUUCAUCAACUCUGUUUUCUCUUUAAAGAAUGACCAUCUAUAUUUUAUCCCUCGACCUUUAACCUUUGCCCUCCUGCGCCCACAGCUCAGCUCAGACGACACUCUGGCGGUAAAGUUUAAAGCCCAGGCGUUGGUCUACCCCGUGCUUCAGGCGCUGGACUUCUACACCCCGUCCUACCAGCAGAACCACGCCGUGCCCAUCCUCUACCGGCCUUACAUGGCUCGCUUCUGGCUGGAGUACCUCGGCGCCGACCGCUCGCUUGAGCCCCUCCUGCUCGCCAACAACCACAGCUCCCUAGACCAACCGGCCAUCGGCGCCAGCACCCGAUCAAAACUGGACUGGACGGCUUUACUCCCGUCUGAGCGCAGGAAGCACUUUAGACCGGUUUUAAAGGAAACAGGGUCGCCGGGGGUGAUGGGUGUGGUACCAGGACUGGUGGACGUGAGGGCGGCGCCACUGCUGGCAGAGCAGGAGGUUCUGGGUAGGACGCCUAAAGCGUACGUGAUGACCUGUGAGUUUGACGUGCUGAGAGACGACGGGUUGAUGUACGUGACACGCCUGCAGGACGCCGGCGUCUCGGUGACCAGCGAUCACUACGAGGACGGCUUUCACGGCUGCAUGGUGUUCGCCUUCCUGCCGAUGAUGUCUCAUGUGGGACAGAGGAGCAUGGACAACUACAUCCGCUGGCUGGACCAGAACCUGUAGACAAUCAGAGCGAUCUGCAGAUCCUCAACGAUCUGCAGGGAAAGUGUGUGUGGCACCAAAGAAGUCCUGGAGCAGAAAGUCUGGCACUUCAGAGAGCUCCGCAGCGGAUCUGCAGAGAGGAAAAAAAAUGUCUGCGGAAAUUACGAAAUUUGAUAAAUAUGGAGAGGUUGUUUAAGAAUGAGGCAGUGAUAUUAGAGGAAGACCGUUUUCUCAGGGCUGUGGGUGAUCUGCCGUCUUCAACCAACAAAUCGAAACACAUUUUACACUUACUUUGAAGCCACAAAUACAUGAACCACAGGUCGAACCGGGAGGAUUUGAGUUUAUCUCCACUAGGGGGCAAACAGGACCAAAUCAUGCAGAAGAUCUCCCUCAGAGAAAUUCAGAUUCAUCUGAAAUUCUGCUGCAGCAAAAAUCAGGCGUCUUAAAUGAUAACGCAGAUCCAACAGAACAAAAGCUUUCUCACUAAAAACCAAAAAGUUACCAAAGAAAACGAAGCUGAACCAAUCCGACGAAUCCUGGAGGCUCAUUAUCUCUCAGAGGAACAAACUCCAGCAGCUCAAAGAUUUUAAGAGUAAAUUUAACAAAUGAAACACAAACAGCUAAUUCACCAACUUUAAUGUCUGUCAAUGAGAUAUUCUUCCAGACUGUUGGGGUAAUGUGGCUUUUUAAAGAUGUUUUUACUCUAAGUAAGAAAAAAACAAGCUCGGUUUUGAGUUUUUAAUCCGGUUGAUGGUUCAUUGAACAAGAUUUGAGGUCCAAAUGUUUGGCUUCAUUUCCCCUCAGCAGGAAUAUGAAGAGAGGGGUUGACCGAGCACUCCAGGUACACAGGCUUUUGUCCCCUAGAGAGCAGAUCACAUCACCUCCAACUCUGUAAAUAAAGCCAGAAGAGACCCCCAAAAAGAUAUGCAAUUUAUGUCGCUAAAUAACUUCCUGCAAAACGGGAAUUAAAAACUCUGAAUGAAACAAAGCAGCUGUGGUAAACGAUCCCAAACUUUGAGACCUGUUAGUUAAAGCUCCUGUGAGAAACUUGAGCGUACAGACCCCUUCACUGCAUCUACAGCUGUCAUCCUGAAACUGUCCCACCUUUAAAACCCCGUCCUUUACUCCAGCUAAAGUCAAGGUUCAAUAUUGGAUUCACUUCAGUUUAAAUGUAAAUGUUAGUGACAGGAAAGCUGUGACCUAAAUCUGAAAUUACGUGAGGAAACGUUGUGCAACCCAGCCAAGUAAAUAAUGAGCCUUCAGGACUCGGCCUGCCUGAAUCCCAAUCAGACGAGUCCUUGAGGUCAAAGUCACUCUGCUGCAUUUAUUGUUUUAUGAUGCACCAAGACACUGGAGCACACACACACACACACACACACACACUAACACACACACUCAACAAGCAAGUCAAGGUCGGUGUGUGUGUAGAAAAGUAUGCCAGAGUUCACAUCUGUGUAUAUUCACUUGAUUGUGCAAUAUUAUGUGUUUGACAGCAUCCCUCACUCUCUGUAACUUUACCGUCUGAUGACCACUGCACAUGCACGGCCAAUGCAAAGACGAUGACGACAGCUGUGAAAUACACGUGAGACUUACUGUAUCACAGGAGAAGACGUCCCAAACGGACUCUCCUGUUCCCCUCCAGACCGCAGCCGGCCAAAAAACGAACACAGCAGACUCUAACGACAGCGAGCGGCCGACACAGACUCGAGUUUUGGCUUCCAGCCCUGAAGUGGCAGCGAGCCAGAGAGAGUUUCAGAAACACUGAGCUUGAACUGAGUGUGGUCACUCACUCCACAGUAAAACACUGGUUAUCAGGAGGUUUUCUCUUCCCCUCAGGAGGAAAUUAUUCCAGACCUUUUCCUCCCAAUGAGUCGAGAUAAUGUGAGCAAUGCAAAGUCUGUACGCACACGUUUUUGUAAGCUUUCUAAAAAAAGGUUUGCACAUGUUGUUUAAAUCAUUUCUAAAUGAGAAAAUAAGGACUUCAGGAUUAGAUAUGGACUACAGAGAGAGAUUUUUAAAUGUCCCUUAGCUUUAAAUUUAUGUGAAAUGAUGCAUUAAAUAGUUUUAUAUUGUUUAAGUACGGUUUUAAUAUACGUCGGGUUAUGCAAGAGCGUGUUCCAGCCAAGAAACAAACAAACUCAGGCCCAGAUGUGCAGAUCCUGCAGCGCCAAUAAGGCCUGAAGUAGCUGUUUGUCUUGGCUCCUGGGACAGCUCUUGUGGUAUGUUGGGAGCUGGGUUACAAUACUUCUGCUUUUCUUUAUGUCAAUUUUUUUUCUUCCUCAUGCAAAGUUUGAGAUUGACCAUGUGGGUGAGUGUGAAUGUGUAACCUUUUUAGACAGUGGCGAGGAGAAGAGGCGCUGCAGACAGACGAGCUGCAGCACCUGCAGACAGACGCUGCGUUUCAGGGUUUGACUGAGAGAGGAAGAGAGUUUCUCUGGUGAGGGGUCUGUGAAGAAAUUUAAGCUAAUGUCUGUUUUGUAAGAGAGGGAAACCUCCACAGCUCAUGUUUUAGUGGUAAUAAUCGAAAUGUACGUUUCUGAUGUGGUUAUAUUUGUAAAAAUACACGAUUAAAAACAAUGUAAACAUCU